GGUUACGAUCAACUUUAUUACACCAGAAGGUGAUAAAAAGACAAUAAUUGCUAAUGAAGGAGAAAGUAUUAUGGAUAUUUCACAUACUCGUGAUGAAAUUGAACUUGAAUGCGCAUGUGAAGGAUCACUAGCUUGUUCUACGUGUCAUGUGAUAGUAGACCCUGAAUAUUAUAAAAAACUAGAAGAGCCAACAGAUGAAGAGAAUGAUAUGUUGGAUUUAGCAUUUGGGUUGACUGAAACAUCCCGUCUUGGAUGUCAAAUUGUUAUGGCAAAAGAUCUAGACGGUAUAACAGUUACCAUACCUUCAGCUACAAGGAAUGUACAAUUGAAAGGUAAUAAUCUUAAUGAUUUUAUUAAUAUAUCCGUAAAACGCAAAUACUUAUAA